AUGGGUUGUUAGAUAUUUAGAUCAUCAGCAGUUAUAGAGCCUAAAUAAUAAAAGAAUAAUAACUAAAAUAUAGAAAUAUAAUAAAAGAAUACUUAAAUAAUAAAAUAAGAAACUAAAGUUGAAAAUGAAACAACUAUAAAAUAAUCUCAAACAUCACUUCAACAAAUAUAGGUUCCCAUUAAAACCAAUAUUAAAGAAUAGAUUAUUUAUCCAUUGACGACUAGUAGUUUGAAGUCUUUUAUCUAAUUUGGAAAAGAACAAAGAAAAAUUCAUUUAUAAACUAAGAAUAAAUACCUAAAAAUUAUUGUAGAAAUCAUUAACUAAAUACAAAUUAAUUCCUUAAAGUUCUCAAAUUUAUAAGUAGAAUAUUAUUUAAAUUUUAGAGUAUAUGUUAAACUCAAAAUAUUAAAAUAAUGGAUGCGAUGUUUUUAAGAAAUGAUAGUGAUGAAACUAUAUUGACAUUGAUUUUAAAUUAUAUUGAUGAUUAUGAGAUAAUCACCGAAUUAAUUAUUAAUCAUAAAUUACCAGAAAAUAAGUAUGAAUUGCUUGAUUUAGCUGUUUCUUUAUUAAGAAAAUUUAGACCUUAAUCUUCAUAAAAUAAUAUACUUAAAAGUAUAGAAUUUAUAGAUAGUGUUAAAUAAUAUGAAUAAUUUUAAAAAGUGUUUAAUACUUUUGAUGAACUAAAAAUUUAUAAAGUUUAAAAUUCAAUCAUGUUUGCUUAAAAUUGUAUUUCAUAUUUCAAUCAUAAAAAAUGGAUACAUUUACUUCUCUUAAGAAAAAUAGCAAAAAUAUUUAAAUAAUAAUUUGGGGGAUUGUUUAUACAAUAAUAUAGAAAAUGGAAAUAAGAAUUUGCUUUUAAAUAAUUAAAAAUUCCAAAAGCAAUUCCAAAAACUACUAGCACAGUUACAAAUUUGAUUAAAAUUGAACUUGAAAUAUUAAAUUAUAAUAUAUUUCAUGAAGUAGCAAUUAAAAAAAAUUGGGAAUUGUUUAUUUAAUAUUCAAAUCCAUAUUAUCAUCAGAAAAGUUUAGAUUAAAGAACUCCAUUUUGGAUAUUCAUUUCAAAAGCUCCAAUUUCAAUUAUUUUAGAUUAUAUUCAAUAAUAUCCAAAUCAACUUUAAUAAAACAUUGAAAUAAUUACUUAAUAAGGCUUAACAUUAAUUCAUUGUUUAUGUAUGAAUCUAAAUUUAUAAUCAAGCGAUUAAGAAACAAUCAUUAAAUUAAUUCAAAUAUUAGAAUAAAAUAAAAUUAUCAUGACUCUUUUAAAUAUUUCUUAUCACGAUUAAAUUCCUCUAGUGUAUUAUUUAGAUACUUAAAAUAAACAUAUAUAAUCAAUAAUGAUUAAUUUCUUAAGUUCUUCUUUAAUUAAAUAAUUUGAUUUUGAAAAAUUAGAGAUGGAAUCUGAUUAAAUAGCUGAUUAAAUUCUAAAUGGAAAACUAUCAUUAAUAGAAUCACCAUCUUAUUUUUAAAAAUUAUCAAAAAAACAAUAAAAAAUAAUUAAAAAACAAUGGCGUUUGAAUAUAGGUGAAUAAUUUAAAUAAUCAGACUAAUAUAUUAAUUUUACUUAUUUUUAUUAACAUUAUAUUUAAUUGGCGAAGUAGAUUAUCAAAAAUAAUUUAUUUGAUUAAUUUCCUUGGGUCAAUAAUUAUACUUAUUAUUCCAGUCACAUCCCUUUUGAUAUUGGUAAUAUAAGUACUUCAUUAUUAUAUACUCUAUUGACUCAUAAUAGAUUUUAAUAACUCACAAUUUAGAUAGAAAGUAUAUGUUAAUCAAUUUAAUCACUAUAAUAUUAACAGAAACAAAAUUCUUAAGAAUAUUCAAACUUAGUCCAAAAGAUAUCUAAAUUAGUAUUCAUUUAUUAAGAAUUAUUUAAUUAUUCUGAAUUCUAAUAGUAACAAUAAUUGAUAUCAGAUACUAUAUACAAUUAAAUUAAAAAGAAUCCUGAAAUUAUUUUAAAUAAGAUUUAUGGUUAUUAAAAGGAUGAAUCAUUGGCAGAUAAUAUAUUUAUAUAGUAUAUAAUGAGAAUUAAAGCUGAUAAAGAAUUAUAUAAUUAGUUUGUUAAUAUUUUAUUAGAAAGAUUGGAUAAAAAUUUAUUUAAAGGAAAAAUUAUUAAAAUUAAGUUAUAAUUUUUAAAUUAUAAUAAUUUUGAAGUUUAUAAAAUAUAAUGUCUUAAAAAAUUAAUACAAUAACAAGAUUAAUUAAUUAUUCCAUUAGAAGUUUAAACUUUAAAUAUUAUUUAGAAUUCUAUUGAUAGUGAUGAAAAUUUUUAAAAUUAUUAUGAUUUUAAGAAUAUCAUAUAAGAAAUAGCAGAUAGAGAUAAUUAGUUUAACUUUUUUAUAAAUGGUAUCACUGUUAUUCUGAGUUCUAAUUAAAUAAUACCAAUACUUUUGGAUAAGAAUUCUAAAUUACAUUAAUUAUAUAGAAAAUCAUUUUUUAAUAUUAAAAGUUUAUGGUACACAUCUCAGUUUAUUAAAUAUAAUAUCUAAUAAAUAAUUCCUUAUAUUUUAGAUUAAUAAAACACUAUUGUUAACAUAUAUAAAUUAGAAAAAAAUUAAUUUGAAUCGAUAUUUGAUUGGUAAUUGCAAGGAAUGAAAGUUAAGUCUUAUGUGCAUAUCUAAAAAUUAUCAGAUUAAUUGUCAUUAAAAGAAUAAGUCAUAUAUAAUUAAAUAAAAAAUAAAUAAGAAUUUUGGAUCAAUCUAAUUAUAUAUGAUGAAUUCAACUCUGAAGUAAUAGAAUAUUUUAAUAGAGAUGAACAUAAGCCUUAACUAAUUAUUCUUUAAUAAAUCCCUCUAUCUGAAAUUAUCUCAAAUAAUUCUUAUAAAAAUUUACAAUAAAUGAUUAAUUUAAAAAAUAUUAGCUAAUUUGAAUUGGUCCAAAUUUUGGCUGAAUAAUUCUUUAUUAGGCAAAAUUCUGUUGUAUCUCACAAAUCAAUAAAAGAAAAGAUUUCAUUAUUUAAUUAAUAAUUGCGAUAAUUAAUUGCAUAAAUAACAACAAAUACUUUUGAAAUAACUCAUUUCAAUAUUUGUACUUUUGAUAAAUUUAUAAACUACUUAGAAGUUGAAACUAUCUCUUAAUUUAAUUAAAAGCUUCUAUUUGAUUUAAUUAAAAACUCAAAAAUUUAGAAUUUAAUUAAUAAGUGUUUAUUAUUCUAACAAGUUAAAUCGAAAGAGUAUUAUUUUUCUAUAGAAUGGUAGGAAUAAAUUUUAAAAAUAAUCUUGGAUAAUUGGAGAGAUAAUAAAGAGAAUUUAGAUUCAUAUUGUUAUAAUUAUUUAAAAUUAUCACAAUAGAGGUCUCCAGUAGUUGCCAAAUGGAUGCUAGAAAGAUUAAUUUCAAAUGAUUUAAAUGAUAUGAUAUUUAAGACUAACCCUUUGUAUUUUUACUCUAUAUUUCAUCCAAAGGAAGUUUAUGAAUAGUUAGAGAAAGUUAAUUUAAAAUUUUGGAUGAAAAGAUUUUUAUUUGGAUAUUUCAUUAAUUUAAAUUAAAGUGUCUAUCCUAAUAAAAAGAAAUUAAUUUACAAAAUGAUUAAUCUAAUAUCAAUAAAAAAAUCUUAAUCUCAAAAAUUAUUUAUAUCCAAUAUUAAAAAUUAUCACUCUUUUUUUAAUGAUGAUAGAUUAUUUACUUGGAAUGCAAAUGGAGUUAAAGAAAUAUAUUAAUAAGAAAAAAAUAAAUUGUUUUAGAAAAACUAAUUUAAAUAUAAAAGUGAAGAACUUAAAUAUAUAGAUAUUAUGUAUUAUGAAUAUUAUAUGGUAUUAAGUAAAUAGGAUUAUUAAGGAUUUAUUGAUACUAUAGAUUUAAAUGAAGAAGAGUAUUUAAAAUAAAUAUAAUAUUUUAUUCUAUCUGGAUUGAAUGAUAAACUUUAAUUGAUUUUUAAUAAAUUAAAAUCAAAUGAAAGUUUUGAAAAAAUUUUAAAUAUAUAAAUAUUUGCAAAAAAAAAAUGUUUAGAACAUGAAUUUGGAUUUCAGAUGGAUUUUGAAUUCUAAUUCUAAAUUGAAGAAUAGAUUAAAUUUCCUUUCAAUUUUUCAUUUUAGAAGUCAGAAUGUAAUUUUAUGACUUUUAAAUAAGAUGUAGAUUAUUUUGGAACCUUUAAAUAUCUGAAUGAAGAAUUAAAAAAGAAAAAAAUCUAACAAUCUAAUAAAAUAAGUUAAAUUAAUGAUCUACUUGAUAGUUUAAUAUUCCCUCACACUAAUAAAAUAUAAAUGAAUUAACAACUUAUAAAUAUUUUAAUACAGCUCUAUUUAACUAAAAAAUCAAAUACUAAAUAUUAGUAUAAGGAAUAAUAAAAUAGAAGAUUUAGUGAAUUCUUAGCUGAUAGAUAAGAUCUUUAUAUUAAGUUAUUAGGGUCAAAUAUAUAAGAUUGUGAAGUCAAAUUAAAAAAAGUUUAUUAUUUUACUGAAUUUUAAUGUGCUUUUUUUGAAUAAUUACUACUUUUAUUGACAUAGGAUAAAUAUAAAGUAAAAUAUAAUGAAAAUGAAAUUGCUAAUCUAAUUCUUAGAAAUAAUUUAAAAAAUGAACAAUUUAAUAAGAUAAUAUAAAAUGGAUCAUUAAAUAUUAAUAAUAUUAAUUAAGUAUGCAAAUUUUAUUUUAAGAAAUGCAAUUUAUUAAAAUGCAUAACACUCAAUUAAUUAUAAAAUAAUUACAAAGCAAAACUUAAAUUCUUAUAAAAUUGUAUUUCUAUAGAUAAUUUUUAAUUUGAUAAUUUACAAAAUACUGAAAUUGCAUUUAUUUUAAAAGCACAUGAAUUCUUUGAUAAUAAAUUAAUUUUUAAUUAAAAAUAUUUGGUAGCAUCAUUAUUAAGUAAUAAUCUUGAUACUAUAAUUUUUGCUAUGGAGUUACAUGAAGAUCCAGUAACUUUGGGAUUUGAAUAGAAUAUUUUUUAGAUUUUAACAAUAUAUUCAAAUGAAAAGGAUAUAAUUACUUAUUAUAAUAAAUUUGUUUACAAGAAAGUAACAGAUAAUAAACGUUUAUUUUCAUUGAAUAAUGUUCCUCUUCUUUAUUAUAUAGCAUUCAAAAGAUAUUAAAGAGUAUUUUUUGAUGUUUAUCUUAAAUAACUACAAUUAAAUUAGAAUGAAAAUUAAAUUAAUAAUUUUAUAUCAGAAUAAUUAUAAUUGAAUUGUUUUGAAUCUAAUGAAAAGAUUUAUUAAUUAGCUUUGUAAUAAAAAUCAUACUUUUUGUUAAAUUAUAUGAAAUCAUUCAUAAAAUUAGAGGAUAUAGAAAAUUACAUUUAUAAUUAUGAUUUCAAUAUGUUGAAUAGAAUUAAAGAAUAUUCCAUUUAAUCUUAAAUUAUAUAAGAAUUCAUCAUAAUAUAUUAAGAAACAGAGAAAUUUCAUAAAUUCUUUCAUAUUUUAGAAAAGAAAGAGGGCUAGAUAAUGAUAGAUAAUUAAAAUAAGGCAAGAGAAGAUUAAAUUGAUUUGUUAAUAAAAAAGGAAUAAGCAACUUUAAUGAAAUUAUUUGGAUUUAAUUAAGAAAUUCUACAAUUUGUUGGAAUACAUCAUGGUUUUAGUUUUUUAGUUUUUGAAUUGGUGAUUAAUUAAUUGAGCAAUUAUAAGGGUAAUCCUUAGAUUAUCUAAGACUAUAUAAAGAGUAUUCUUUCUUAAAACAAGACAAUUAAUAAAGAUAUAAUUUAUAUGAUUAUUGAGUAAGUGUAAGAGACAUAAAUCUUAGAUCAUCCAGUUUUUCUAUAAAUAAUUCAACUUUUUCCAACAGAAUUAUAGAAUGCUUUGAAACCAUAAAAUUUUAUUUUAGAAAAUUCAUUAACACUUGCUUUGAGUUAAAGAUAAUCUAAGUAAUAAAUUUUGGCUGAUUUUAUAAAAAAGUAACUUAAAGACUUGUCUGUGAAUUAAGAUGAUGCAUAUGAGGAUUAUAUAGAUUCUAAUAUUUUAUUAAUGAUGAGGUUUAUAAAUUAACCAUCAUUUAAUGUAGAUGAAUAUGAAACUUAUUAGGAUUAAUUAUCAAAAAUUCCUGAUUAAAUGUUACUUUCUACUAAAUCAUUUUUGAAUCAAAAUAACUCUUAUUAAAAGAAAGAAAUAACUUAAAAUACUCGUGAUUUCUUAAUUCAAUUAUUAUCUAAACGUAUAAUACUUUCAAAAUAAUCAUAAUUAUGGAAUAUUAUUUCAAAUAGUAAUAAUUAUAUACCAGCUUUUUCAGAAAUGUUGUAUAUUAGAAAAAUUGAAAAAUUAUGUGAAUAAUUAAUGAAUUAUUUAAAUUAUUUAAAUUUAAUUGAAGAUGAUAAUUAGUUAAAGUUUAUUAUUUAAUUUGAAAAUGUACAAAUGUGUUACGAUGGUAAUUAGAUAAUAAUCCCAUUAGAAUAUAAUAAAGAUGAACUUUAUUUUAAUGAAGAAAAAUAUCAUAAAUUAAUUGAAUAAUUAAAAUAAUUAAUAUUAGAAAAGAACAUCAAAGAGAACAUUGAAACUAUACUUAAGUUAAAGGAUUAUUCUUAAAAUAAUAUAAUUGGAGAACUUGAAGGUAAUUAUUCAAUUGAUGAUUUGGAAGCCCCACAUUUAGGUUAAUAAAAUACUAUGUAAAGAUAGAUAACAUAAUUGGAAAAAUAAUAAACGAUUUUUGAAAAAUAAUAAACAAUUUUUAAAAAAAAAUCAACUGUUUUUGAAAAAAAAUAAACAGAGAAUCCAAAUUAAAAACCAAUUAAAUAAGAAGAUAUUUAAUUUAUGAAAUAAAAUUAUGAUUUUAUGCUUGAAUUAGUCAAUAAUAAUAAUUAUAAAGUCAGAGAUCAAAUGAUUAAUAAAAGUUAAAUAAUAUUUAUGGAGUAUUAUCAUUUUUUAAAUCCAAAAGAAUAAAUAGUAUAAUUAGAAUAAUGUACAGAAUCUGAAUUUAUUAAAAAAUAUAAUGGUAGAGAAUCCAUCUCUUUUGUUAUAUCCUAAUUUUAUUAAUAUCAUGAAAAUCUCAAAAAAGCUAUAUCAAAUGAAGAUUACAAAUAAUGGCAAAUUAAUUUCCCUUAUUAUAUAAAGGAUGAUAAAUUCUAUUGUGAAAAAUCUCUUUUUUCUACAUAUACAAUUUAAGUAGUAUUUUAAAAACUACAUCAGUUUCAUGAAAAUGUUAAAUAAUAUGCUACAAAUCUAGGUGAUGUUGAGAAAAUAUAAUGGAGAAUUAGUGCAAUCUCCACUCUAGAAGUCUUAGUAAGCAAUAUGAUUGAUUUUAAUAUGUAUGAUAACAAAUCAGUAGAUAUUCUAUCUCUUUUAGAUUCUAUUUUAAAUUGGAGUUCUUUAAAAAUGAUACUCAUUUAAGUUUUAUAUUGUAAUAUGCUUAAAUACCAAAAUAUUUUAUAAGUUUUAAGGAGAGUUUAUGUAGAAUUUAAUGAGAUCUAAGAAAUACCAUUUGAAAAUAUGUAUUAAGAAAGAGGUUUAGAUUAAUAUUUUAGAUUUGGUUAAACUCAUUAUUUCUUACAAUAACAAACUUUGAUUGUUAGAUUGAAUAUUAUGAAUAUCAAAAAGCAGUAUCAAUUAAAACCAUAUGUAGCAAUUAAUCAAUAUAAUUAAAGUUAUAAUUUUUUGAAAUAAUAAGAAAUAGACUAUUAUUAUUGUAAUAUUAUCAAUGAAGAAGAUUUAUUGUUUUAGAUCUUUAAUUCAAAAUAAAUAAUAUAAUAUUUAUUUAGCAAAUUAGAUGUUGAUCGUAAACUCUAAUAGAUCUCAUAGAAUUUAAGUAAAAUGCUUAAUAAAGAUGUUAUCAUAUCAGUUAAUCAUCAAUCUUUAUUAGAUAUAUUGUAAUAGGAAAUUAAAUAGAUUAGAAUACUAUAAGAUAGAAAGUAGUAAUUAAGGAUGUAAAAUUAAAUUAAAGAACUUCUAAUUAAAUUAUCUGAAUUCAUUUUAUAUUAAUCUGAAGAAUUAUUAAUUGAAUAACUUUAAAGUCAUACAUUUGAAUAUUAAUUUUAAACAAAACUUUCUUCUUUACUUCAUUCAUUAAGAUAAGGUUUCAAUCGUUCAUAAGAUGAAAUGCCUAAUCAUCGUAAAAUUGUAGCUGUAUAAAAAGCAAAAGUCAUAACAAAAAUUAGAUAUCCUAAUAGAAAUUGUGAUAAACUUAUUAGUUUAUAUUUUGGAUUUCAAUUAAAGACUAAUUAUUAUAUAUCUAAAAAUAAAAUUGGAGAUCUUUUAUUAGUGAUUUAUAAUAAUGAAUACAAAAAUCCAAAUACAAUGCUUUGUUAAUUAGUUGAUAAUAGUAGAUAAGGUAAACUUGUAUUUUAUUAAUUUGAUGAAUCAUCAGUAUCAACUUUAUCAUAAGAAUAACUAGAAUAAUAUUGUGGUAUGUCAAAUAAGAUGAGGAAGAAUUAAAGUGAAGAUGAUGAAAUAGAAGUUAUUGAUAAUGAAAAUAUUAUAGCUGUGAUAUUAUUUGAAAAAGGAUGGCCAGAAGAUUCAGAUUUUAUUAACAAUUUAAUAAAUUUAUAUAUUACUGAUUAAAAUGGUAAUUUAUAUUUUAUUCAUGAAUAACGUUUGGCUAAAAAGAUGAUUUAAAUUUAAGAAUCAGAUAGUGAAACAAUUAAAUAAUAAUUAUUAGAUACUGCAUUUGGUAAAAAUAAAGUACUAACUUAUAGUACAUUUACAGUAUCUGAAAUUAUUCCAAUAUUUCCAAAUUAAAUAAUUUAUGAAUUUGAAUCUGGAAAAUUUAAAUAAUCUAAAUAAGAUGUUUAAAAUAGUUAGAAAAUGAUAAUUAAAAUUAAUGAUAUAGAUUUUUAAAUAGAUAAAUUGAAAUUAGAUUUAUUAAAUAUAGCAUGUUAUUUUGAUUCAAAUGAUAUUGCUUAAUAUCACAUUAAAUAAUUAACUCAAUUUAAAGAAUCUCAUAAUGAAUUAUCUAAAAUAUAAAUAAUAAUCAAAUUUAGUGAUGAUUUGAAUUCAAAUCCAUCCUAUUAUUUAGAUAAUAUAAUGUAAUCAUAAAUAGCAUUUUUAGAAUUUUAAUAAGGUUAUGAGACUUUUUUUUUGGAUAAAUAUAUGCCAUAAAUAGAAAAUGCUCUUAGUUUUAUGUUUGAUAUAAAUCAAGCUUAGAUCAAGAAAAACUUAUUAAUAAAUCUCUUUAAAAUAAUUGAAUUUACUUUCGAUAUAACAACUGCGAAUAACAAUUAACUUAUUUCUUAUGAAAAAGGAAUCUUUAAAUUAAAAACAUUUUUAAUAGAAUAAAAAAAUAAAAAAUUAGAUAUUGAAGUUCCUUCAGCAAAUAAAAUUUCAGAAUUUCUUAAUCAAUUAAUUAUCAAUUUUACUUAAUAUAAUUUUAGUGAUCUAAUAAUUGAAAAAACAAAAUUUGAUAUAUCUAUAGAUUAAAAUUAUGAAAAAGAAUUUGAAUAAGAAAUCUUAACAUUAAUUCUAAUAAUAAAAUAUCUACAUAAAUUGAUAGCAAUCAAAAAUGAUAAAAAAAUUAUAUUUAAAAUUUCCAAAUAAAAUGCAAAAUCAAUUUCUUUUUAUUAAUUUUCAAAGGAUAGAAAUGAAGUGUAAUUAUUUUAUGAUAGAUUUUAAGAUUUUCGUUUAUAAGAUUUUUUAUUAGAUUAUUUAAAUAACUAUACAAACUAAUAUACAAUUAGUUAUACUGAAUUAGAUAAAAAAAUAUUAAGUAAAAAUUAAUUGAUGAUUUAAUCAAUGAUUUUAGGUAUUGAUGAUAUAAUGAAAAAAGAAAAAAAUCAAUUUUAAUAAUAUGAAUUAAAUAUACAUUAUGGAGAAUAAAAAAUAAAGAAAUUAGAAGGUAGAUUAGAUCCAAGAGAUUUUGAAACAGCUUUUAUAAUAUUGAAAGGUUAAUUAUAUUAAAAAGUUGUAUGUAUUAAGAGUUGUUAAAAAUACUCUCCAUUAAUUUAAUAUUUUAAAUAGAAUUCUUUAGAUUAGAAAUGUGGAUUUCCAUUAUAUGUGUUAAUUAAUGGAUUAUAAGAAUAUUUAUCUUUAGAUGAAUAAUUAUCAAAAAUAAAAAUAAUAACUAAAAAUAAUGUUGAAAAACCACUUACUUUUUAUAAAAAUUAUUCUAACUUUCUAAAAGCCAAAAUCAAAUUCAUUACAUCAAAUAUUAUAUUCAUUGAAUUUAAUUGUUCUAAACCACUUGAAUUUAUUAUUAAAUCUAAUUAAUAUUAAGUAGCUUGUAUAAAAUAGGAUUUCAAUUCUGAGAUUAAAAUUAAAUUUCUACCUAAAUAAGAUUCAUAAAUGUAUAAGUUUUAUCAUACUGGAAUAUGGUUUUAAAAUGAAUUCAAAUAAGUUAAAAAAGAAGAGAAAUAAUAAAUAGCUAAAGAAAAUUUAUCAAACUAUAGUAAAUUUCUCAAAAUAAUAAUGAAGUCUUUAUAAAAUAAUGAAGAUAUGAAUGUAUAAUAAAAUCAAUAAAAUAUUAAUUUAAAUUAGAUACUUAAUAAUAAUGUAUUGAAUAUUUAAAGUUAAUAAUUAAUAAAUCAAUCUACUAAAGUAGGAUCAGAAAGAUUAGAUAUAAUUGAAAUUAAAGAUAAUUUUGGUAAUAAAUCAACUAAUUUUAUACUUUAAUCUAUAAUUUUAGUGCAUUCUAUUUAUUAAAAAAUAUAGAUAAUUCCUAAAUAUAAAUAAGAAGAUAUUGGAUUAAAAGUAUAUUGGGAACCAUAAAUUAAAGGGAUUUAUUAUUUAUAUAUUAAUAAUUAUAAAGUGGAUAGUUAUUUUGUAGUUUUGGCAAAUUCAGUAGAUAUAGAUUAAUCAAAAGUAGAUUUUCCAGAAAAACUAAAAAAUAUACCUUAUUAUUAAGAAAUUACAUUUUCUGUUUAUUUGAGAGAUAAAUUACAGAAUAUUUAUGGAUCCUUAGAGAAUAGUUUGGAUAUAGCUAAAUUAGAAGUGACAAGUUCACAUAAAAAUUCUAAUAUUGAAUAAAAUUACACUAAAUUAACUUUUGAAGGUAAAAUAGAAGUAACACUUAAAAUUCUCCCAAUUGAUGAAGACAAUAUUACAGAGAAUGAUGAAAUAGAAUUAGUUCUUAAAAUAAAUGAUAAAGAAAAAAUGAGUAAUAUAUACUUAUAUUUAUUUAGGAAAAUUAUUAUUUUUAGAAGGUGUCUCAUUUGAAAAAAGUAUGUAAGAUUUCUAAAAAUCUAUAUUAUAUAGUGAUGAUGGUAAAAAGAUUUAUAAGGUUGAAAAAGAUCUUUUAAUAGCACGUUCAAAUUUCUUAGGUAGUUUACUUAGAUAUUAAAAUGAUAAAUUAAAAGGACCUCUGAAGAUCAAAUUUGCAAAUGAAAAAGGAGAAGAUUUAGGAGGUCCAAGAAAAGAAUUUUAUAUAUUAAUAGGAAAUGAAUUGAAAGGAGAAAAUUUAAAAUCAGAGCAAUAUGGAUAUUUUAGUAUGUUAACACCUGGAUAUUACUUUAUAGAUCCAAGAUUUUUAUUAAUUCCUAAGAAAAGUGAUUAUGCAUUAAUUUUCGGAAAGGUAUUUACAAUUUAUAAAUAUUUUUAUAGUUUGUUGCAAAUUCAAUAUUUAAUAAUCAUUAAAUAGGAAUUUAAUUUCAACCUUAAUUUUGGAAAGUAAUAUUUUAAGAGAAAAUACAAUUUAAAGAUCUUAAUGGAUUUUUAGAUCCAAUAACAUAUUAAAAUUAUGAAAGUAUUCUUUAAUAUGAUGACUAAACAUUUGAAUCAUUAUAUUAGAAUUUCAGUUAUUAAAAGAAAAAAGAAUAGAUUCCAUUAAUUCCAGAUGGAUAGAAUAUAAUGGUUAGUAAAGAGAACUGUUAAAUAUAUUUAGAUAAAAUAGCAGAAUAUUUGAUUCAGACUUAAUAUUAAGAUAUUUAUAAACCAUUUAUUGAAGGAUUCUCAUCAGUUUUAGAUAUUUAGGUAUUUAAAUUAAUAUAUUAAAUUAUAGAAUUUAAAAAAGUAUUUUAAACCUACUGAUAUGGGUCUUAUUACUUUUGGAGUGUAAGAUAUCAAACCAGAAUAAUUGGUGAAUAUGAUGAAAUUUAAAGGAGGUUAAGAUUAUCAUAUUUCAUUCUUUAAUAAUUAUGUUAAUUCAUUGAGUAGUAAAAAACUUAAGGAAUUAUUAUAAUAUAUUACAGGGACUCCAACAUUGCCUUCAAAUACUAAAUUUUCAAUUCAAGUGGAAUUCAAAUCUGAACUUAAAGAAACAUAAAUACCAACAACUAGAACUUGUUUUAAUACAAUUGAAUUACCACUUUAUAAAACUUAUGCAGAAAUGAAAUAAAAAUUAGAUAUUGCAAUCAGUUAUGGUUUACUAGGAUUUGGAAUAUACUGA